AAUUGUAAAGCUACAUUUAGUGAUGGAAACCAGUUGGACUGUACAGCUGCUGCUUCUCUUAGCUAUGACAUUGGCUUUUGUCAUAGCAGUUCCAGAUGAAAAAGAAGGGAAUUGGUCCAGUGAAAUGGGAACUAAGAACCAUACAGACCAUCAAACUAUACUAGGUGUAACUAAUAAUAAAAUAAUGACAGCACAGUUUGAAUGCUAUCAGAAAAUUAUGCAGACUACUGAAGAAUAUGAAGGUCCACAUUGCAACAGAACAUGGGAUGGUUGGUUAUGCUGGGAUACUACUGCGGCAGGAGAAACUGCAACGCAAAACUGUCCAGACUAUUUUCAGGACUUUGACCCUUCAGAAAAAGUUUUGAAGAUCUGUGAAGAAAGUGGACACUGGUUUGUGCACCCUGAGAGUAACAGAAUUUGGACAAACUAUAGCCUUUGCACUGAUCGAAUAUAUUAUAAAUUGCAGACAGCUCUGAAUCUAUACUAUAUCUCUAUCAUUGGCCAUAGCCUUUCAAUUGUUUCACUUCUGAUUUCUCUUGGCAUAUUCUUCUAUUUUAAGAGCCUCAGUUGCCAAAGGAUCACAUUGCAUAAGAAUCUCUUUUUCUCUUUUGUUUGCAACUCUAUUGUAACAAUUAUUAUUCUAACAGGAGCUGCCAAUAACCAAGCAAUGGCUGCAGCUAACCCAGUUGGAUGCAAAGUGGCACAAUUCAUUCACUUUUACUUAAUGGUUUGCAAUUACUUCUGGAUGCUCUGUGAAGGCAUUUACUUGCACACUCUGAUUGUGGUGGCUGUAUUUGCAGAAAAGCAGCAUUUACUUUGGUAUUAUCUCCUUGGAUGGGGCUUCCCGUUGAUACCUUCCUGCAUACAUGCUGCAGCCAGAAGCAUAUAUUUCGAUGACAACUGCUGGAUCAGUUCAGAGACUCAUCUGCUGUACAUCGUCCAUGGUCCUAUUUGUGUUGCUCUUUUGGUGAAUCUCUUUUUCCUGUUGAACAUUGUCCGUGUUCUAAUCACAAAGUUAAAAGUCACCCAUCAGGCGGAAUCCAAUCUCUACAUGAAGGCAGUCAGAGCCACCCUCAUACUGGUGCCCCUACUCGGCAUUGAAUUUGUGCUGGUCCCAUGGCAGCCACAAGGCCGUGUCGCUAUAGAGAUUUUCAGCUAUGUGACACACAUCCUGAUGCACUACCAGGGUUUGCUGGUGGCAACAAUUUUCUGUUUUUUUAAUGGAGAGGUCCAGUCUGUCCUACGGAGGCACUGGAAUCAGUACAGGAUCCAGUUUGAACACAGUUUUGCCCACUCCGAUGGUCUCCGGUCAGCUUCUUAUACAGUUUCUUCCUCCUUCACUGAUGGCCAAAGCUUCAGUUUUAACCAUGACUGCACCAGUGAACAUUUAAAUGGCAAAAGCUUUAGCGAGAUGGAAGAUGUUGCUUUUAAACCCGAAAAGCUGUAUGGGUGAUCACAGAAGAUUGUCAGUUCUCACCAAUAUAUUAUUUCAAAACGAUGACUCCCUGAGCAGCAGUGACUUUUGGGGAAAAUGGUUGUUCUUGAAAAAAAUGCAAUGAGUUCAAUGUGUUUAUUGUGUCCACAUGC